AUGGUAGUUGCCGGCUCCAAAGGGUCCAAAAUUAAUAUUUCACAGGUUAUAGCCUGUGUAGGUCAACAGAACGUUGAAGGUAAACGUAUACCGUUCGGCUUCCGUCAUCGCACGUUACCACAUUUCAUCAAAGAUGAUUAUGGACCAGAGUCAAAAGGUUUCGUUGAAAAUUCAUACUUGGCCGGUCUGACGCCAUCCGAGUUCUUUUUCCAUGCGAUGGGUGGCCGUGAAGGUCUUAUUGAUACAGCAGUGAAGACAGCCGAAACAGGUUACAUCCAGCGUCGUCUAAUCAAAGCUAUGGAAAGUGUUAUGGUCAAUUAUGAUGGUACAGUACGUAACUCACUUGGACAGCUGGUACAGUUAAGGUGA